GAGGUGCCAGCUGUUUCACGGAAUGUGGUUGUCCUGUUGGUUGCGUUUAAGUAAUAUUUUGCUGUAUUUUUAAAAACUGGAAGAGCAGUGAUCCCAGCAUACAAUUUUGCACGGCGGAGACUGUAGAGUACUAUCUUCCGGGAGGUAUUCUGGUAUCGGAAGAACGAAAUUCCUCACAUUCGUGAUUUAAGAAUAAACGAAACAAGCAAGCAGCAAGAAGCACGCUGCGAACGUCGGUGAACAUAUACCGGAAUACACGGCGUCAGUGCAAAUGUAAUUUCUAAGGUAUAUAGUUGUUUGAAGUGCCAUCGACUAGAAGAAUGUAUAACUGAUGUUUUAAGCGCGAAGAAGGAAUUCCUAAGAAGGCUAAACUUGAAUGGGACGCAAGUUUCUUUCAGAGUGAUAUUUGGAAGGAAAUAAAAUGUGGUGCUUCAAGAAAGGGUCACUGAGGUUUCACCAUGCCUUCAAUCCAUGCAUAGGAAAGACAUGUCAGCUAGCUGAUGAUGUAGCAACAAGAGAAAAUGACAUCAGUAGGAACCAUGAUACUACUGGAGCUCGCCCUUUUAAUGAAAUUCCAGGGCCAAAAUCUUUACCAUUCAUUGGAAGUCUGUGGCAAUAUCUACCAAUAUUUGGAAAAUAUAGUUUCAAGCAGUUGCACCAUGGUGGUCAUAAAAAAUUGCAAGAAUUUGGUUCAAUAGUUCGAGAAGACAUAGUCCCUGGUGUUUCUGUUGUGUGGGUGUUCACUCCAAGUGAUAUUGAGCAAGUAUUCCGAAACGAAGGACGUUACCCUGAACGCAGAAGUCACCUUGCUUUACAAAAAUACAGAAAUGAUCACCCUAAUAUCUAUAAUUCUGGUGGACUGCUACCAACGAAUGGACCUGAGUGGUGGAGACUCCGCAGUGAAUUUCAGCAAGGUUUAAGUCGACCACAAAGUGUGAGGUUAUAUUUACCUCAGACUGACAAGAUUAUUCAGGAGUUCAUUGAUCAUCUCAAGAUCUGGACAAAGUCUGCUGGGAAAUAUCAUGAUUUUUCUGACGAGCUGUCUAGGCUUCUCCUGGAAUUGAUUUGUCUGGUGACAUUUGAUGUUCGGUUGGGAAGCCUGAGUGAUUUGGAACGUAAAAAAGGAUCACUAUCUUCCAUGCUUCUUGAAGCAGCCUUGUCAACCAAUAGCGCUAUCCUAUUAACAGACAAUGGACCUCAGCUGUGGCGCUGGGUAGAAACAAGAUUGUACAGGAAACUGAAGAAGUCUCAGAAAUACAUUGAACAGAUUGCAAUAGAUUUUAUUUCCAAAAGAAAGGAAUCCUUAAAACAAUCUACAACCACCAAAAAUGAGGUAAAAUCAUUAUUAGAAUUGUAUUUGUCGUCUACGGAACUUGAUAUGAAGGAUGUAACUGGAAUGGCAGUGGACAUGCUGUUAGCAGGGGUAGAUACGACAAAUUACACAACAAGUUUUGCUCUCUAUCAUCUGGCAACUAAUCCAGAAGUCCAGAACAACCUGUAUGAAGAAUCCUGCCGACUUCUGAUUGAACCCAACUCUCCUGUCACCACUGAUAUACUUUCCCAGGCUCAAUAUAUGAAAGCAGUCCUAAAGGAGAGUUUGCGAUUGAACCCCAUAUCUGUUGGUAUUGGUAGAAUACUGGCCCAAGAUGCAGUACUUUCAGGCUACCAUGUACCAAGAGGAACCGUUGUUGUAACACAGAACCAAGUGAGUUGUCGCCUAGCAGAAUAUUUUAAUGACCCUAACAAGUUUCAGCCUGAACGAUGGAUCAAAACUCAUCCAUUAUAUAAGCAGGUGAGCCCAUAUUUGGUGCUCCCAUUUGGCCAUGGUCCUCGAACAUGUAUAGCAAGAUGGUUGGCUGAGCAAAAUAUGCAUGCAAUCAUCUUAAAGAUUAUCCGACAUUAUGAGGUAGGGUGGGCUGGAGGUGUUCUGGACUGCAAAUCUUUGCUCAUCAAUAAACCUGAUGGACCUUUAUGUUUCACUUUCAAAGAACGUUCGAAAGUGCAUUGAAGAAACUGACAAGACUACACAAAGAACUGGAAGUUCUAUCAUUUAGAUUAUUUUAAUUUUGACAUUUCUCAUUAAAUGUGAUGUACUUAUUAUUUUAAAUUUGAAUAUAAAGUUUACUGUGUCUGUUCAGUUGCAUAUAAACUAGUAUUUUUUACAUUACCCUAUUUUUUGUCCAAUUUUUCUUAAAAUACAAUACAGUAUACUUCCAAUUGUCUGCGCUAAUGAAGGGGAAAGCAUGCAUGAAUAAUCACAAAACAUGGACAAUCCAAGUACUGGAUGUGAUCAGAAGACCAUGGUGAUUGUUACAUAUAGAAAUAAUUUUGAGAAGCUUGCAUGGUGUCCAAUUUGUUCAAUUAUCUUACAAAAAGAAUGUACUGAAGGUAAAAUGUGGGUUUUGGUUUUCUCUACGCUGGUUU